GAAAAGAGAGAUCAAUGGGAAGCAUCGCGAUUCUUGUGGCGCGCAUCACCGGAGGUAGAAUUCAUCGCCGAUUGUUCUGUCGAUAAAUAGUUCAGACUAGUAGAAGUGGAGAAUGGUCAACAGGUUACUUAAUUAUCUGGGCUGGAGUAUUUUGAUGCGCAGGAGUUACCAUGUUACAGUGCUUAGAGGGAAUCAAGAAUUUGGGGGCAUCAUUACUACGAUGUUGUGAUCUUGAUUUGCAUAGACAAACAGGACUUGACGAUCCUGAAAUCCUUGCAAGAGAGACCGUGUUUAGUGUUAGUGAAAUUGAAGCGCUCUAUGAAUUGUUUAAGAAGAUCAGCAGUGCUGUGAUUGAUGAUGGGCUAAUCAACAAGGAAAAGUUCCAAUUGGCCCUAUUCAAGACCAACAAAAAAGAAAGUUUGUUUGCUGAUCGGGUGUUUGACUUGUUUGACACAAAGCAUAAUGGUAUCCUUGGUUUUGAGGAGUUUGCUCGUGCACUUUCUGUUUUUCAUCCAAAUGCCCCUAUUGAUGAUAAGAUUGAGUUUUCUUUUCAACUAUAUGAUCUCAAGCAACAAGGUUACAUUGAGAGACAAGAGGUGAAGCAAAUGGUGGUUGCUACCCUAGCUGAAUCGGGCAUGAACCUUUCAGAUGAUGUGAUUGAGAGCAUUAUUGACAAGACGUUUGAGGAGGCAGAUACAAAACAUGAUGGGAAAAUUGACGAGGAGGAAUGGAGGAACCUUGUCUUGAGACACCCGUCGCUUCUAAAGAAUAUGACCCUUCAAUACCUUAAGGACAUCACAACUACAUUUCCAAGCUUCGUCUUUCACUCUAGAGUCGAGGAUACCUGAUAAAUUAUCGCUGCUGCAUCAGAUUGUUUAAUGAAGUCAGUUUUCUUCCUUUCUCGCGACUAUGUUGCAUGCUGAUUUGUAUUUUCAUUAAGGUGUUUCCUUUUGAUUUCAAUCUUAACUUAUUUCUUAUUCUUUUUAGGACCAUCAUAUAUGUAAUUUUGCUGACAAUAAAAAUUUUGAUCAGUGAAUUGAAAUCCAUGCCAGAAUAUGCAAUUUUUGUGGCUGCGGACAGACAAUUUUGUGGGUUCAAAAUUGUAUUCUACACUGAUCACAAUGCAAGCUAUACGCACGAGGACUGCGUUAUCAAAUCCUACAAAAGAAUUUUCAAACAUUUCUCUAAUUGUGCUCGCGUGAUCUUUCCUAGGUAGUAUGUAAAUGAAUUGAAUAUUCAAAUAUUCGAUAAUUUUAGGUCUUUAAGGUCUAUAGUUUGGCCCGAGCAAAAUUUUUUUUAAAGCUUUUUCAGUAUCGAACUUUGUUGGGGCUGAUCUUUCGUAGGUAAUAAAGUACACCAUAUGUA